GGGGUAAAUCCGGAUUUUCCUGUUCCAGCCUCGUGCCGGGAUGGGGCUGCACGGAGCCUACGCGCAGCUGGACCCCCUGGAGCCCCGAGCGACGCCGACCCCCAAGCGCCCCCACGGCGCCGCGCUCCUCGCCGUGCUCUCCACGCUCUUCCUCCUCACCCUCCUCCUCCUCCUCCACCUGCGCCCCCGCGGCGCCGCCGACGUCCCCUGCGGGGACACCUGCAGGAUCGUGCUGGUGGAGAGCAUCCCCGAGGGCAUGGCGGCGGCCGCGGCCGGCACGGCCACGUCCGAGGCGUGGCUGGGGCUGCUGGCCGGGGCGCGGCGCAGCGUGGACAUCGCCUCCUUCUACUGGACCCUGACCAACGCCGACACGGGCACGCGCGAGCCCAGCGCCGCGCAGGUGGGACACUGGGAUUGGUGCCAGACCCAACGUGAAUGGUGUCAAACCCAAUUGGAUGACACCAAACCCAAUGAGCUUGACCCAAACCCAAUGAGCUUGACCCAAACCCAAUUGGACGGUGCCAAACCCACCGGCUGGCACUCAGCCCAAGGCCGUGGGCACCACCCAACCCCGGCACCGGGGCUGCCCCACGCCCUGCCCAUCGGGGCUGCCCCACGCCCUGCCCGUGCCACGAGCCGCCGGCGCCGCUCGCCGCAGGUGAAGGAGCUCGGAGCCGCCAUCUACAACUGCAGCUGCCUGGCCCAAGACCUGGGCAAGAUCUUCGAGGCCUACUGGGCCCUGGGCGUCCCCGGCGCGUCCAUCCCGGCGCCGUGGCCGGAGAGUUUCUCCACCUCCAUCAACCUGCAGACGCCGCUGGAGGUGACGCUCAACGACACCGCCGCCGCCGUCUUCUUCUCGAGCUCCCCGGCGCCGCUGUGCGCCGCGGGCCGCACGCCGGACCUGGAGGCGCUGCUGGCCGUCAUCGACGGCGCCGAGGCCUUCGUGGACGUGGCGGUGAUGAGCUACGUGCCGGGCACCGAGUUCUCGCGCCCGCGGCGCUUCUGGCCGGCCAUCGACGAGCGGCUGCGGCGCGCCGCGGUGGAGCGCGGCCUGCGGCUGCGGCUGCUGGCCGGCUGCUGGCCCCACAGCCACCCGGCCAUGUUCCCCUUCCUGCGCUCGCUGGCCGCGCUCGCCGACAACCGCACCGGCUACCGCGUGCAGGUGCGGCUGUUCCUGGUGCCGGCCAGCGCGGCGCAGAGCCGCAUCCCCUUCGCCCGCGUCAGCCACCUUCCCUGGAUCCCCAAAACCCUUUCCUGA